AUGACUCAAGAGUCAGAAGAUGAAAAUACGGAAUUAGAGGUGGUUGAACAAUUUGAAAAAAAUAGUGAAAUUAAUUCAGUUAAUAAAUGGCAAGAAACUGUAAAUAAUUGGGAUUUUCUUGCAGAAGAGGAGGAAGAAGCGGUAUUAAAAUUAAAUAAUUUAGAUGAAGAUCAUUCAGAUGAGGAAUUGACAGAAAAUAGUUUGAAUGAUAAUCUUGCUAUUACAUUUCAAACUAAAUGGAAAUUAGAAACUCUUUUUGAUCAAAAUUAUUUAGGACAACCAGGAUUU